AUGGAUUCCCCGAUUUCCAUCUCGUCAGGCACAGACUUCGACGAUGACUCUGUCUUUGGCGACUACGGCUUUGAUGUACUAAAUAACCCGUUGCCCGGAAAUGACUAUGCUGGAAAUGCAGCUGGAAAUGCCCCCUACAGGCCUCCAACAAAAAAACAACGAGUCCGUGGACCAGACCUGACUACCAUCAACGAUGCUCCCAACGCUCUACUUGCAUCCCUUGGACCUAACACUUCGCAACCCACAGAGGAUCCGCGCCGAGCGGCACAGCCAGCGGACGCAACCAACCCAUUGCUCGUACAACUACUGGAAAUUUUCCCGGAUAUCAGUCAUACCUACGUCUCAGAACUGAUCGCUCGUCACAAGGCUGCGCUGGUCCAACGAGGAAAUCUCCAAGAAGCCGAUAGUGUUCAGUUGGCACUCUCCAGGGAUGCCAUUUAUGAGGAGAUUCUCGCGCAGAAAUCGUACCCUAAACAGGCUGCCGAGGCCUCCAAGAGGAAACGGGAGGACGCUGGUUCCAGAGAACCUAACUGGCAGACUGAUACGCUGCAUCAGAGCGAGCCCACUGCAUACUCUAGGGCAGCAGCAGAGAUGCUGGCGCAGGAGUUUCCCCUCAUCCCAAUGAACCACGUCCGGAAGGUCCUCGGCGAGAAAAAACGCGCUUAUCAUGCUUUCCUGGCCUUACAUGCCGAUGAUAACCUUGACCAGAACCAGAGACCCUAUGCGAAGCUGAAGAAAAGUAGGAUUUCUCCGGCUCAGAAGUUCUCUCGAGCUAUUCGUGACAUUGUCACCAUUGAGAUUGUCGCAGCGAGAAGGGAGACUCGGAGUCGAGAAGCUGCGGUUCGCAAGAAGAAGGAGGAGGAAGACGCAGAAAAAGCCAACGAAGAAGAGUAUACGCGAACUGGCAACCUCGUCGAGUGCGGGUGCUGCUACACAGAUGCCCCGGCAAACCGCGCUCUCCCCUGCGAGGGAAACGAACUUCAUUUCUUUUGCUACGCCUGCAUACGCAAAUCAGCCGAAACUCAGAUUGGUCUCAUGAAAUAUACCCUACAUUGUUUCGACGUCAGCGGAUGCCAGGCUUCCUUCGCACGCCCUCAUUUAAAAGAGGUCUUGGGCGCAUCGAUGAUGUCAAAGCUGGACUCUUUGCAGCAGGCGGACGAGAUCCGGAUGGCCGGUCUGGACGGACUUGAGGACUGUCCGUUCUGUUCGUUCAAGGCAGUACUCGCUCCAGUUGAGGAAGACCGAGAAUUUCGCUGCGAGAAUCCUGCCUGCAAGGUGGUUAGUUGUCGACUGUGCAAAGAAAAGACCCACAUCCCCAAGACUUGCGAGGAAGCUCGGAAGGAUAAGGGUCUGAGCGAGCGACAUGAGGUUGAGGAGGCUAUGAGCAAGGCUUUGAUACGCAACUGUCCCAAAUGCCAGGUGAAGAUUGUCAAGGAGGAUGGUUGCAACAAGAUGAUCUGCCCUCAGUGCCAUACCUCCAUGUGCUACGUCUGCAAAAAGGAUAUCACACAAGAGGCGUACGGUCAUUUCGGACGCGGGUGCCCUCAAUCCGACAAUAUGGGAAGACGCGACCAGCUUGAUGUUCAGCAAGCUGAACGGGCAGCUAUCAACAAAGCGCUCUUGGAGAAUCCCGAUUUGACUGAAGAGCAACUGAGGAUUCACCAUCCGAACAAGACCAAGGCUCAGCCUAUACCCACCCGUCAACCGGCCCAUCAUCAUAUUCAUCAGUUUUAUGGAGGCCCCCCUAUCAUGCACGCUGCUCCAUUUGCAAACCCGGUCCAGCUGAACAAUGCGCAGAUGACAGCAGAAGCACAGCGAGCCCACAUGCGAGCCGCAAUGUUAGCUCGUCAUCAGGGCAUCGCCCCGGCGCCUAUGCAGUAUCCUUUCUAUCCCGCCGCUGCCUUUCCUCCAGCCCCAGUUCGUGCUGAACCUCCCCACCCGAACCGCGCUCCCGUUGCCCAGGGCUAUACACAAUGGGAGCAGCCUAACUUCUUUCCCGGACCUAGAAUGAAUGCUCCCGAAAGAGUUCAGCAGCCGGGGGCUUACUUUGCGGGCGAACGCUUCGAUUUACCAACGCUUGAUCCGAGAGUCCGCCCCAGACUUGACAGGAUCUACGAAUUUGGUGACGACGACGACGACAUCUAUUAG